AGUGAUAUGUUGAGUUUUACCCAUAAUAUUUGUAACUUACAUGGGUCGUUCGUAUAAACAAAUCGGAUCGGUGUAGCGUUUUUUGGGAAUUGUAAGAUAUGUCGCCUCGCUUGCGCGUUACUAACACACCGCAACGUUUUUGCCAUCUUUAUCAGCGCGUGUAAAACCGGCCUGUUCAGCGUAACAGCGCCGUGCGGAGCGCUAAAUAAAGGCAUUUAAAGUCUGAUCAAGACGGAACUGACUGUUUGUGCUGCGAAAACAUGGCAGAGUUGCACGUUGAACCCAGCGCUAAUGGCAUCAUCGAGCAGACCGAGCAUUGUGAAUUCAGAGGCUCCGUUAACGUGAGACUCCCCUCGCCUACACUGUUGAUUCCGCCCCGGAGCGGCUUGUCCAGUCCAGGGGUCUCCGGCUCCAGAGCAGUGUUUGGGUUCCCUAUGAAGAGCAACCCCACUUCCCCAUCACCAGAAGCCACGGAGAAACCAGGAGCUCGGUGGGUUCGGCUCAAUGUCGGGGGAACCUACUUUGUUACAACCAAACAGACCCUGUGCAGGGAUCCCAAAUCGUUUCUGUAUCGAUUAUGUCAAGAAGAUCCAGAUCUGGAUUCGGAUAAGGAUGAGACAGGAGCAUAUUUGAUUGACAGGGAUCCCACAUAUUUCGGACCCAUCUUGAACUACUUGAGGCAUGGAAAGUUGAUCAUCAACAAGAACCUUGCUGAGGAGGGUGUUCUAGAGGAAGCAGAGUUUUACAACAUUGCGUCACUUGUGAGGCUGGUGAAGGAGAGAAUACGAGACAAUGAAAACAGAACAUCUCAGGGCCCUGUGAAGCAUGUGUAUCGUGUAUUACAAUGUCAAGAAGAGGAGCUCACUCAGAUGGUCUCCACUAUGUCAGACGGAUGGAAGUUUGAACAGCUCAUAAGUAUCGGCUCCUCCUAUAACUAUGGCAAUGAAGACCAGGCCGAAUUCCUGUGCGUCGUUUCCCGGGAGCUCAACAACUCAACUAACGGGAUUGUUAUCGAGCCCACAGAGAAGGCUAAGAUCCUUCAGGAGAGGGGGUCCAGGAUGUGAGGAACCUGGUGCCUGAGCCCACACAGAUGCCCUAUCCCUCUCUUCCUUUCUGCAGAUUUUCCUCCACCAUACAGCUGACACCCAGUUCAUCAGCCCACCAACACCACUUCACCCUCCUCUCCUCCCUUGUGCCUUUCCACUUUGGGGGUUUCAGUCCCCCUCCUCCCUGUAGUGCUGCAACAUUAAACGAUCAGCACCACCACUAACUAUCACCCCUGUUAUUGACUAAUCAAAAAUGUGUCCAAGAUUAAACCUCAGACCAUCACCUUUGAUGCAAGACUGCCCAGAGAGAGGAUUACAGGGAAGGAUACAUCAUUCAUCCUAAUGCUUAUUUAUGCAGACUUCAUCAUCAUCCUCCACAUAUCCCGGUCAGUAUCAUCAUAAUCUUUACAGCUGCUCUUUUAAGGGGUGUUCAGUUGCCCCUGUUGGUUCGGCUGUGUCCAUAUGAGCAUAAUCUCCUCAGGACUACCAAAUGGCAUUCAAGAUAGACCGUCAAUACAGCUUCUCAUAACAACCACAUUAACUUACACUGUAAAUCAUUAGCAUCAUUUCAGCAUUCAUUUCCCAUUGACUUGUCAGACAGAGAGCACAGCAGAUGGCGCAACUGAUAAAACGAAGACAGCGGCUUUUGAACAUGCAGUCUUCAAUACGACAUGCUUCUUUUGUUAACUACCCAUUUACCCAUCUGGAAAAGACCAGAGGAGAAGGGAGAACUCAUACUGCCAAUUGUCCGGUCAGAUGCCCCAAAACGUGUGUCCAUCGCUGUGAAGAUGUCUCACAUUUCCAAUUUGCUCCGGAUGACUUUUGUCAUCUUGGAUUUUUUAUUAUUUUUUUGCCUUGUCGCUAUGGAUAUUUCAAAACAGGAAAU